AUGAUCAUGACCGAGCUUCGAGAUUUGGUUGGAAAACCGCUCAAGUAUGUGCCCACGCGGUCGUUUGUCGAGUCGAGCUUUUUCAAAGCUCUAAGUGACCUCAAACUCAAUCAACUAAAGUUAAACACUGAUACGGUUUCCAUUUCUGGAUUUAUGAACCACCCUAAAAACCUCACAAAGUUCCAGGAUUAUCCUAUACUCAACCUUGAUUUUUCUAGCUUUGAGCUUGCUUCGCUGGCUUCGCUGGCUGCGCUGGACGAGAAUGUUGAGUACAAAGGUACACUUUUGAACGUGAACACGAUUGAAGAAUUCAAAGCCAUUAAUAAGCUGGACUUGUUGAAGCAAUGGGGAUCUUUAAUUUACAAAUCGAUAACGGAAGGCGACACCACAUACAGGAGUGUUAACCAGUUUUUUGUGUUGACUUUCAGUGACUUGAAAAAGUACAAGUUUUACUACUGGUUUGCGUAUCCUUCUUUGCAGUCUCAAUGGACGGUUAAAGAGUGCAAAGAGGCUCCAAGUUUUGAAGACGAAACACGAAAAUACUUGGACACCCAGGAAGAACUUGAGUUUUUUUUUGCAAGAGAACAAGAAGAGUUUUGUGGGUUAUCAAAAUUCUUGAAUGGAUCCAAAAAAGUGAACGAACAUUCAACUUUUGUUUUCGUCGAUUCUUGCCGACACCCAGGCUUGUAUCCUGGCUGGCAGCUCAAGAACUUUCUCUAUAUUCUUGCCCGUCAAGGAAUGCGAGAGAUCAGGCUAUUUGUAUACCGCUACGAUGGAACUUCCAUAAUGAUGAAGCUUCAACUCGACUCGAUUCCAAACGAUAUCAAGUUUAUGGGAUGGGAAAGAACCAAAGACGACAAGCUUGGACCCAAAUUGGCGGAUCUUGGGUCGCUAAUUGACCCGAUUCAGCUUGCUGAUCAGGCGGUAGAUUUGAAUCUCAAGUUGAUGAAAUGGCGCAUUUCGCCUCAACUAAACCUCGAAAAAGUCGCCCAGCAGAAAGUGCUUCUUCUUGGAUCUGGUACGUUGGGCAGCUACGUUGCCAGAGCAUUGAUGGGAUGGGGAGUACGUCACAUUACUUUUGUCGAUAAUGGCAGGGUUUCGUAUUCGAAUCCGGUGCGACAACCACUUUUUGGAUUUAACGAUUGUUUCAGCGACGAAGGUCUUGGAAGAUGGAAGGCUCCCAGAGCAGCAGAGGCAUUGAAAGAGAUUUUUCCUGGUGUCAACUCGUCAGCUUACAAUUUGGAGGUGCCAAUGAUUGGACAUCCAGUGGAAAACGAGCAAUCAGCAAAAGCCAACUAUGAAACGCUAGAGCGUCUAGUGGAUGAAAACGAUGCCAUUUUCUUAUUGAUGGACUCUCGGGAGUCGAGGUGGCUUCCCACACUUUUGGGAAUGGCCAAGAAUAAAUUGGUGAUAAAUGCUGCUCUUGGGUUCGAUUCGUUUCUUGUGAUGCGCCAUGGAACAACCACUAAUAAUCUCGGAUGCUACUACUGCAACGAUGUGGUUGCGCCUUCAGACAGUCUCUCAGAUCGAACCCUAGACCAGAUGUGUACUGUGACUCGUCCUGGAGGAGCUUUAAUGGCAUCUGCGUUGGCAGUUGAGCUUUUGGUUUCAGUGUUGCAACAUCCUGAAGGAGCUGAAGCAGAUGCCAAAGAACACUCAUUUUUUGGCGAAGUCCCUCACCAGAUCAGAGGAUUCCUCCACAACUUUCUGCAAACAAAGUUGUAUGCUCCAAAGUAUACACAUUGCUCCGCAUGUUCGCAACCUGUGGUGGACAGUUUUCGCAGCCAAGGAUGGGAUUUUGUGAAAAAUUGCCUCAACGACACAAAACACUUGGAAAGGGUCUGUGGACUCGAGGAGGUGCAGCGAGAGGCAGAGAGAGCAUCAGAGGCUUUGCUAGAGCAGGCAGCGGGUCUUGACCUCUCCGAUGAAGAAUGGCUCUAG